AUGAUUGCAACAAGACCAGUCGUUCGGACAGCCCUCCAGGCCGUUCGCACCACCACCCGCCGCUCGUAUGCCACAACAGACCGUCCUCCCCUAGCACAAGGCGGCAGCAACAGAAACGUCAUCAUCGGCCUCACCACUGUCUCGGUCACAGCGCUGGCCUACUUCUACACGCGCGAGAAGAACCCCGGCAAGGACAACACCAUCGCCAACAGCAGCUCCGCCAUCGUCAACAAUCCAGAGCCCCUCAAGUUCGCUGACCGCCAGCCCAAGCCCCCAAAGUCCCGCGAGGAGAGGCAGGGCGACGUCCAGCACCCAGAGGACCUGGACGACAGCUACCGGGCACCCUUUGGUGUCCAGCACGCGCGGAAGCGCGUCGACGAGCCACCUAGCAACCGGAACCACGAGACAUUGACACAACGGGCAAAGGAGAAUGCAAAGGACGACUAG